GUGUGAUAACUGAGUCAAAUCUACUGAAUUCAGAAACAGAGGCACAGACAAGCUUGCCUGAUGUUCCGUACGAACCAGACCUUGAUAUCGAAAUAGAUUUUCCAAGAGCAACUGAGGAGCUUGAUACAGAAAAUGAAUUUUUGUUACCUCCUGUUUUUGGAGAAGAGUAUGAGGAGCAGCCAAAGCCUCGGUCCAAAAAGAAGGGGGUGAAGAGGAAAGCCGUGUCAGAAUACCAGUCUCACGAUGACAGCUCUGAAAACUCAGAGUGUAGUUUUCCGUUCAAAUACGCGUAUGGUGUAAAUGCGUGGAAGCACUGGGUAAAGUCUCGCUAUUUAGAUGAAGAGCUUCCAGAAUUAGAGGAACUGAAAUCAACAAAGUCUGUGAAAUUAAAGGAAGAUCUAUUAUCACAUACUUCAGCUGAGUUAAACUAUGGGUUGACACAUUUUGUCAAUGAAAUUCGAAGGCCAAAUGGAGAGAACUAUGCACCUGACAGCAUCUAUUAUCUGUGUCUUGGGAUUCAGGAGUAUUUAUAUGGAAGUAAUCGAAAAGACAACAUAUUUAUUGAUCCAACCUACCAGACAUUUGAACAGGAAUUAAAUAAAAUACUUAGAAGCUGGCAACCAAGCAUACUUCCAGAUGGAUCAAUAUUCUCUCGAGUUGAAGAAGAUUACCUCUGGAGAAUUAAACAGCUGGGAUCACAUUCACCAGUUGCUCUUUUAAAUACUCUGUUCUACUUUAACACUAAAUAUUUUGGCCUGAAAACAGUGGAGCAGCACUUAAGACUUUCUUUUGGCACUGUUUUCAGACAGUGGAAAAAAAAUCCUCUAACAAUGGAAAGUAAAGCAUGUCUUCGAUAUCAAGUGUCUUCCCUGUGCAGAGCUGAUAAUGAAGAUAAAAUUACUACUGGAAAAAGGAAACACGAAGAUGAUGAACCAGUAUUUGAACAAAUUGAAAACACGUCCGAUCCAGCUAGAUGCCCUGUGAAAAUGUUUGAGUGCUAUCUGUCUAAAAGCCCACAGAAUCUGAAUCAGAGGACGGACAUGUUCUACCUGCAACCAGAGCGCGCUGUCUCGGCGGAGAGUCCCAUCUGGUACACUGCCACAUCACUGGACCGCAACACAUUGGAAAAUAUGCUCGUACGGGUUCUUUUAGUAAAAGAUAUUUAUGAUAAAGACAAUUACGAACUGGAUGAAGACAUAGAUUAAAAUAAACUUCCAAAAACCAUCAAGCAAACAAACAGCAUUAGAUAGUCAUGCUGCUAGACUUUACUAUGGAGAACAUUUCAAGUUUACCCUUCGUUUUAUGAGUUUUGUAGCAGUCUGUACCCUCACCUGGGUAUUACCAUGUAAAUAGUCCGUGAGUGAAAGCUUCCAUUAUUCUGAGUAGUGGUUCUAGGAUACAUAACAAACACAUUUCAGAUUUUUUUAUUAUUAUUAUUUAUUUGAUUAGGUAUGUUUGUAACUUUUUACAUUGCAGAAUAUGAAUGAGAAUGUGCCAUGUGUAAUUUUUUUUUUCCCCCCCCUGUAGUAAGAGUCAUCCAUACUGCACAACUCUGCUGUUGGAAGCUCCCUUGAAAGGAGGCUCUUUUAACGGAUUCUUAAACCGGAUGGUUGUGUAUGGGUAGCACUACUAAAGUUUAGAACUUGCUGUGUCUUUCAGAAUUUUUAAAUAAAUUGUAAACUAAUAGGUUUUUUACUUUUUAGUUACUGAAGCCUUAUAAGGUUAUGUAGAGAGAUUCCAUCUUAUGUACCAAAAAUAGAAAAAAGAGAAUGCUGUCAAUAUUGGUGUACUGUAAUGUGAAUCUAUUCUGGUGAAAACAUUUUUUUGUUGCCCUUAUUAAAACCUUAGUGUCCUUUCCUUA